AUGAUGGAAUUAUAUUCCAGCGAUUUGAAACAUCUAUUUGUGACAUGGAUGGAAAAAGCAGCGAUCGAUGCCGCCAAUAAAAACUCCAGAUCAGCUAUCGGAAUCAACCAUGCGUUGGACAAAUUGAAAAAACAUAAACUGCCAUUGACAAACCGUAAAGAUCUUGCGAGCAUCCCGUAUUUUGGCGAAAAAAGGGUGGAUUUCCUCCUUGACAAACUCAAACAAUACUGUAGCGUUGAAGGGUAUACUUUCCCUGCAUCGUUCAAAGCUCUACAGACAACUAAUACAAGAACGACCGCCGUUGCCGCCAAUACCAGUUUCCAUAGCAGCCAAGAUUCCCCGGCUCGCUUGACCAAAUCAUCAUCAUCAUCAUCAACUGCCGCAAAAGCCAAGGGAAAAAAGAAGUAUGUUCCUGCUAAAAGAUCUGGAGGAUACGCGAUUUUAAUUGUUUUGUUCAAAUAUGAUAAAGAAAGACGGGGCCUCACGAAAGAUGAGAUUGUCCAACAGGCCGCCCCGUAUUGUGAUAGGAGUUUCACCAGUAAUCCGGCAACAAAACAAUUUUAUUCUGCUUGGAACUCCUCGAAAACAUUAAUCAACCAAGGUUUGAUAUUAGGAUCUGGCAGGCCAAUGCACUAUUAUCUAACCGAUGAAGGAUCAAGUUUGGCAAAACUCUUGUUUCGAUCAGAGGGUGGUGGAGCAAAUAAUAAUAAUAAUAAUAAUAAUAAUGAUGAUGAUGAUGAUGAUAUGGACAAUAGUGAUGACAGUAUUGAUAUCGAUGAUAUUCUACCAACAGCAAAUAAAAGAAGUCUUGGAGAAUUAUACCAAAAGGAUAAAGAAGAAAUGAGUAUACACAAACGCCAUACAAAAACCCGUAAUGAUGUUCAACGAACCAAUCCAGCCCCCGAGACAUCAGCACCCCAUAGUAUUUGGAAGGCAGGUACUUUUGAAGUAAUGAUGGUGUUAGAUACCAGAGAAAUCAGAUCGAAAAAUGAGCGGAAUUUCUUUUUUGAGAAAUUGAAUUCUUUAGGGAUCAAAUCGGAAACCGAGCCUUUAGCGGUGGGUGAUUCAUUAUGGGUAGCAAAACAUAAAGAAACAAAAGAAAGGGUGGUGUUGGACUUCAUUUUGGAAAGAAAGAGAUUAGACGAUUUGGCAGAAUCAAUUACCGAUGGGAGAUUUUUCGAGCAAAAAUCACGGUUGGCGAAAACCGGCAUGAGAAAUAUUUAUUAUCUUGUUGAAGAACAAACCUCUUCUGAUCUUGCAAAGUUUUCUGAAUCAAUUAAAACCGCAAUUUGUCUCACCAUAGUGGGCAGCAAAUUUUAUCUUAAACGAUCGAGAGAUUCCGAUCAAACCACGGCGUUUUUUUACAAUUUGACAAAAACAAUCGAAGAGUAUUAUGCAACCAAAGAUUUAAUGGUGGUGAAGUCUAGAUCAUUAAACACCCAGCUGGAUUAUAAGUCGACGUUAGAGAAAUAUAGAGAAAAGCACCAAAGUUUGGAACCUUGUUUGACGUUUGAAGCUUUCCAAACAACGUUGAACAAGAGCAGUUUAAUGACGGUAAAAGAGGUUUUUGUUAAAAUGUUGAUGACCAUCAAAGGGGUGAGUUUAGAAAAAGCAUUGGUGAUUCAAAAACAUUUUGUUACCCCAAAAAAACUUAUAGAUACGUAUAAUAGCAUGCUAGACGUUGAUGAACUAGCGAAGAAAAUGCUAAUCAGGGAUCGGACGAUCCAUGAAGUUGGUGCGAAAUCAGUCGGGCCCAAAGUAUCUGAAAAAAUUUAUGAGAAUUGGGGAAGACUUUCAUAUUAA